AUGGUGGUGGGCGGCGACUUCCGAAUGAUGGUGCUCAAAUCCAAUAAAUUGCUGUCUAAUCCUGAAAGAAUCGGACAUGGACCAAGCGACAGAGUCCAAGAUUCGGAAGCAGCAGACGAGGAGGAGUCCAAAGCAGCAGAGGAGAGCAACCAGGAGCGUGAGUACGAUGAAAAUGGCGGUCUCGUGAUUUGUAGGCUUUCGCAUAAGAGGAAGGUGACAGUUCAGGUGUUCAAGGGGAAACCAUUGGUGUCGUUGAAGGAGUUUUUUACUAAAGAAGGCAAGGAGCUCCCUACUUCUAAAGUUACUAUUCUAUGUAUGGACAUUUCAAGAAGUUGGAUGAAGAGAUUAAAAGGGGAGCUGCAUCUUUGGAAGUAGAAGCCCAACUAUCUCAGGUUUGCAAUUGUCGAUCACUUCAUAUUAUGGAAUUGAUAUACGAUAAAUCAAGAAGCUGCAUAAACUAUCUGUUAGCCAGAACUUUGACCACUAUAUUUGAAAUUUAGUUUCCAAUGAAAUGAGAUCAGUUUGAAAGAACUUUAAUGAAGUUACCAAUAGAGUUAGUUAAUUUCAACUAUCUAGAAUUUGUGCUACAAGUAUUUUUCACUUUUGACCUUGAUUAUGAUGACUUCCUUAUGUCAGUUACUUGUAGUGUUGCUGGAAAGUCACUGGACUUUACUAUGUUUUGGUAUGCUAAUGACUAAUUCUGCAGGGGUGGUCAUUUUCACAUGAUCCAUUGCACAAAUGAAGGUUAUAUUUACAACUUUUUUUUUUUUUUUUGAAAUAUUGUUCCCUUUUAUUUAUCUGUUGUCAUUAACAAUGGAACACACUUCUUUCCAGACACUUUUACAUUAUGUUCCUGCAGGGAGGGUGGUAGUCCUUGAUCUGUUUGCUGAAGUGAAACUGUGAAACUGAUAUGUGAAUUGAACUUGUAGAGUUAGAGUUUGAUUGAUUGAUGUAAUGACUACUGCUACUUGUACAUUUUUAAUUGUCAUUUUGUAAAUGAAAUUACUUA